AUGCCCGUGGAUAUUUCAAAACAAGUCCGCUACUGGCGUGACCGCUCCCCCUACCCCGGAGCCUCAUCUUCUCACCAUUCCCGCAACUCUACAGAGACAAACAAGCCCGUAGAGCCCGUUCAGCCAUCAACACGUACUCGCUCUUCCGAGUACACGCGCAACGCCACUCAUCAGCAUGAUUCCGAGGGCUUGGUAGUCAUGGCUUCGUAUUUCCAGGACAAGAGAGACCCCGAGCCCGUGGCGACCUGCGAGCCGCAGACCAACACCCCGAUGAACAGGUCCGUCAGCUGGACCCCGGAAUCCUCGCCCGCGCACCAAAAGGCCAUGAAGGAGCGCGUCCGCUCCGCGAGAUCGAGGACCCUGCCGUCGCAGCGCGAGCAGGAACUCCACAACAAAAUAGUCCGGGUUCUUUCCGCCUCGACCCAGACUCAUCCCGACGCCAGAAACAGACCUCGCUUGAGAAUCGAAAUUCCUGAGAGACCCGCAAGCAGAAUCGUCGAGCAGACGGGGACUCAGAUCGAGGACGGCAUCAGAGCCCCCCAUACCACACCCACAAAAGCGUGGAUUCAGCUCGAUGAUGGCAUUCGAAGCCCUCGUAUGGUCGAGAUAGAUCCGAGCUCGUAUCGUGGCGCCUCGUUCAUGACGGCCAUGGUGGUGGAGCCGGAGCAGCUCGACUGUAUGCCUCCCCUGAGGCUGGGUUGUCCUGCCAUCAGACCAUUCGGGGCAUCUUUCCAACAGGUCUCGAGUCACAGCAACGGUUCCUCGCCUGAGAGUUCAAAGGACGACGGCCGUAAUUCUUCCGCGGAAGAACAGGAUACCCGGAGUGAAGACUCGUUUACCUUCGUGGACGAUGUUAGCACGGAUGGCGAAGGCGUUCAACUGGUUGACGAACUCGGAAGCGGAGAGAGUAAGGAUGAGGAAGAGGAUGAGCACGAGGCUUACGAGGAGGAUUCCGAAGCCCAUCAGCAAGAAGCUGAUGAGGAAGAAUCCGACGAAGAAGACGGGGACGAUGAGGCACAAGACGAGAAGAUGGUCUGGUACCGCGCUGACCCGUGUUGCCGUUGCGACAACUGCUGCCCCAUCAAGCGCAUGGGCAGACCGCGGGACCGGUGUCUCAACGCCGAGAGGGUCCCCCUUAGCGACGCGCUGAGGAGGGAAUCCGACAUGAAGUACAAUCUGGGACUCAAGGUGUUCUUGGGCAUCUUGGUUGUGCUGUUCCUGGUGCUCGGCGCCAACUUCCACUUGGCCAGCUGGGAGAACGCAAUCGCUAAGGGCAAGUACUGGCGGUCAAGAUCGUAG